UUCAUUAUGCUUCUGCUCUCUUUCAUUUAGAACUUUAAUUAACAAACUCGUAAAAUAGGUCUAACAUCUGUUCGUACGAAUGUCUGCGUAUUCUUUUGAAAUUUUAAUUCUCUCCCAUAUUCCCUCAUUAGAUGCAUUAGAGGUCAUUGUUGCCAGGAAAGGGUUGGUAACUUUUCGUCUGUUAACCUUGUUUCUUCCUUCUUGUUAGACUUUCAUUUUAAAAGAUGGCGGCCAGCGCAGUUUGACCUUCAUUUAGACGAGGAAUUUUAACUCGUUUCAGUUGUAAUAAAACUAAUCGGUACAUCGAUGAGUGCUAUCUUGAAAGACUAUACGGGAUAAUCAGCAUUAAAACAGUUGUCUUUAUAUUAGCAGCAUGGAAGGAAUGCCUGAAUUGUCUUCUGCAACCAGUUCCCCUAAUGAAGCAUCUAGGAGAAAAAGAAGAAGAAAUUCUGGAACUGAAUCCACUGGCCAUCAAGAAGAGUCCUUUGCACAAUUGUUGGUUUUUGAUUCUGGUAACCCACCACCCACCAAAAUAGUAGAGCCUACAGCCACUCAACAUAUACAAGAUGUUGAUGAAACUAAGGCAGUUAAAGAUAUUACCCUUCAUAACCUGCCGAGUGAUCAAUCAGUUAACAACAAUAAACGGAAUUCACCAGUAAGUUUUGUACCAUCUCCAGGAUCAGAUUCAAAUUCUACAAUACCCCUUGAAAUUGAACAGACAGAAAAUGUUUCUGAAGUAAUUGAACUGGAAGCCAUCGAAAGUGAAGCCUCUGAAGAAGCCCUUGACCUUACUGCUAAUAAUUCAGAUACGGUGAAAGCUCUCCCAGUGGUUUUGGAGCCUCCAGGAAACUUCGCAUUCAUUAACCUCGGCUUUGCCCCAUCCUCGCUAUGUAACGAUUUAGACAAUCGAAAUGCUGCAUCCCCUACGUUUUCCGCACGUGAAGAAGUUGUGGUCGAACAGACUUCUUUACAUCACCUAAAGAACAGCGAAUCAUCAUGUGCAGCUUCCGAAGAAGAAAAAAAUUUAAUAAAUUAUUCGCUACCUUCACCUAUUCUCUUGCCGUGCACGGAUAAUAUGGAGGCUUGCAUAGUCCCAUCUUCUCCCUCGGAGCCAGCUGCGGAUGUAGAGUUGGCCGCAUUAUCUGGGAUCUGUCCAGUAGCCAUGUCCUCAGAUCGAGAUUAUGCUAUCUUACCGGAAGAUGCCAGCAUAGAAUGCAGACCACGCUUACCUCAAAGCCCUCGGCGUAUCUUCGACUGUGAUAAUUCUCCAUAUUUUUCUUUUGCAAUAAGAGACAGGGAAGAGUACAUCCCAUUAAACGUCGGUACUGAUGAACUGGAAAAAAAAGAGCUCGAAUUACGGAAAGCUGCCUGCAGAAUUAAAGAAUUUUUGACAACAAUCGUUGCCGCAAGUAAACGCUUAGAAGGCGAGAGAGAGCUUCUAAAAUCGAAAUUGACAGAGUUGCAUGCAGAUAUGACUGUAAGAGCCGAAGUGAUAAAUUCGUUGAAUCAGUCAUCGACCACUAACAGAGAGAAAAUAGAGCGAUGCCUGACCGAGAGAAAUCGACAGCAUGCAUUGACUGUUGAAAUAAAUAUCAGGCUAGUGAAAAAGGAGCUGGCAAUGCGCGAACUGCAGGUGGCGAUUUGCCAAGAAAAACUACUAGCGGCAAGCAACGAUACACCUGUUGAUUCUCUCGUUUCGGCGAUUGCCGCAAAUGAAGAAAAGGUUAUAGCCAUCAGUACCGAUGUCCGCCAAUACUACGAAGAAGAAAACGUAGCUAAAGAGAUGUUAGCGUUAUUGGACGAAAAACUAAAAAAGUUUACUGAAGAGGAGCAGUUGCAACGUCGGCGCAUUGAUGAGUUUCAUUUGCUACAAAGAAAAGCCGAAUUGCUCGUUUCGAAAAAUGAGGAGAGUUUGCAAAGAGCCACCUUAGAACUCAAACAACUCAUUAAACAAAGAAAAAACUACUCUACUUACUUUGUGAAUCUUGAGAGGAUGAUGGUCAAAAUCAAGAUGUGUCGAAAACUUAAAGAGCUUGAUCGUAAGGAAGAAAGAAUAAUUGGAAAGGAAAUACAUGAACAAAACAAGAGAUAUCCGCAACAAGUUAGGGCAACGAGCAACGUACAAUACGCCAGCCAGUUAACUGUGUUUGGUAGGAGUUACCAGCCCUCUACUUUGGAACAGCCUACAAUAUCUUGUAGUAGCUCUUCUGUCCAACAUUUCACAAGUUUACGGUCCAUUGAAAUUCAUAAUCAUACCCCUUGGCUUCCGCAGCCCUUCUUGCCGUUAUCUCGUUUUUCGCCAGGCCUACUGCAAGUGGCACCUAUGGCACUUCCAUGGGUUGAUCCCCAGAGUAAUCAGAACCCUUAAAGUUUUUUUUUUUUUCUUUUCAUUAUAUUAUUACAUCAGAACCGUUAUUAUUUCCUUUUUGGCAUUGGCUGUGCCCAUAAAGGGCGAAUGACUUUCUCGAUGCGUCAAAUUUAAAAGUCUAAUCUUGCAUUCUUCGUCAGUGAAAGUUGCCAAAGUAGCGCCAUUUAAUCCAGAUUGUUCGAAAUCAGAAUUAAUUGUAUGACUUUCUCUCCGCACAGGCUGUAGUAUGUGUACCAUAUUUCAUGUUACCAGGAUAAUUAAAACAUGCCUUGUUAUAA